AUGAGUUUGUAAUAGAUUCAACAACAUAUAAAUCAAAUAAAAACUAGCUAUCAAAUGCCUAAUAAAGAAUUUCAAAAUACUUUCAAACUUUUUGAGAGUUGUGUUCCUUUUCUUAAAUCAGAGAAUUAAGAAUAAUUGAAUUAAGUUUUUAGAGCUUUGAAAAGAUUUCGAAGAAGAUUAGAAAAUGAAUUAAAACUAAAUUAGACUGACUAUCAUGCAUUCAUAAAAAAAUGGAAAUCCUUGAAUAUAACAUUUGUUCCUCUAGUUUAUGAUGUAAAAUUGGAUUUCAGUAAAAAAAUAGCAACACUAAGUAAUAACAUAUAGUUUAUGAAGAAUAUGAGGAUUUAAUUAAUUUUAAUUUCGAUCAUCACCAUUAUACAAGUAGAGAAAUGUUAAAGGCAUCAAUGAUGAUAUUCUAACAUUUGGAAGUAAUAUAAUUUAAUUAAAAAUUUUAAGGUUGAAUAAUAUGCAAAUUACAAUAAUUUAGAGAAUCUAUUGACAUAAAUUAAUCUAAAUUACAAUAUUGUUUCUUAUCAUAAUUUUACUCAUGCAUUUGCAUUAUUUUAAGUAAUAAUUACAAUAAUAUUAGUUAUUAUUUUGUGUAUAUGAGAAAUCUGAUCUUAAACAUUUUGUAUCUAAAUAAGACAUAUUUGCAGCUUUGAUGGCUAGUUUAAGUCAUGAUCUAAAUCAUAGUAAUAUAUGAAUAAAUAAUAUUAAAGAGGGAGUAAAUAAUUUAUACAAAGUUAAAAAAUCAAAAAAAUUAAAUAAAAAUAUAUGUGAACAAGCAGUUCUUGAGAGUAUGCAUGUUUCAACUUUAUUUAAUAUAUUGGCUCAAAAUCAAUAACUAAAUUUUUUAAAUUAAUUGCCAAAUACAUAAUAAUAAGAAUUUAAAAGAAUUUUAGUCAGCUCUAUUUUAGCUACUGAUAUGGGAUAACAUUUUAAUAUCUUUGGUAGUUUUAAAGAUAGAGUAAAUGCAACUAUUGAUUUACGUGAAAAUCAAAAUAUAAUUGAUCCAUUAAUUAAAUUUAGAGGAUUUAAUAAAGAAAAUUUUGAUGAUAGAAAAGUAAUUAUUAAUAUUUAAAUUAGUUUAUAUUAAAUGUAUUGGUUCAUGCUUGUGAUAUUUCAAAUCCAUGUUUGGAAUGGGAUGCUUAUAUGAAAUGGUCCUUUUUGUUAGCUUAAGAAUUUUAAGAUUAAGUAUUUAAUAUAUUAAAAAUAGACUAUAAAAGAAGCAGCAAAAGGAUUAGAAGUAACUGCAAUGUUGUAAUAUAAGGAUAAAAUCACAUUCUUUAAUGGUUAAACAUUUUUCUUAAGUAAUUUUUAAUAUAUAUAUAUAUAAUACUUAGAUACAUUUGUAUUGCCACAAUGGUAGACAAUAGCAACAUUGUAUCCAAGUCUUAUAGAUUUACCUAAUGAAGUCAAGAGAAAUCUGGAAAUUUUGGAAGAAGAGAAAAAAAAGUUAUCCAAUUGA